AUGUCAGCCACCCCAGACCGCUUCAGGCGCUUCCAUGGGGGCACCGAUUCGGGAGAUGCGUCCUGCGAGUAUCCACCCCACAGCGACCUUGCCAGGGUCCAUAUCCAGGAUAGUACCAGCAGCUCCACGCCAUCGGAGGAUUUUUCCCAAUAUUUUGACUUUGAUGCGUUCCCGGAUGGUGAUCAAGUGACGGAUGUAACCAUCCAGUCCGAUGUCCCCUCGGAAGUGAAGCACAUCGCCAGACGCAGAGUCCAGACAUCGGCUGCUCCCGCCGCCCCUGUGCCCAACCACGAUGAUGAUUGUGCCAUGCCAGACGCCCCAUCCCUGGACCCUCAGCCCUCCUCACCUCAGCUUCCCCACGUCUGGCCGAGGCUCGUGGAUCCCCAGCCCCCACGAGACCAGAGCAUCCAGGUCGAGACAUCGCCCUCACCACCACCCUCCAGCGAUAUGGGACAGUCCCGGGCUACCUCGUCUCCAAGCCAAAGGACUCGGACGGUCAAGAAUCCGGAAGAGACGAGCCAAGUUCGAGAGGUUGGAGCUUGCUACCGCUGCAGGAUGAACAAGGCCGUGUGUAAACCCUCAUCGGUCUGUCCGGCGUGCCACAAGCGUCCUUUAUCCGACAUGGUGUGCAUCCGGAAAUCGCUGCGGGACAUGGUCACAGCAGUGCUCGCACGCUGGAACUGGAACGACCCCAAAUUCUUCAUGCCAGGCCGUGACCAGUUCGCUGCAGAUCGUCACAUCCUCGACAUUUCCUGCUCUGAUAGUACCGACAGUCCUCGGCUACCAGUAGUGGUCGGCCCCUUCAUCCUGCCGAAUCAAAAGGAGCAGGGCAAAUCAAGCGCUCCCCGUUUUGGAAUUGCACCAGACGACAAGCCUCAUGAGGAGGCGCUUUAUCAAUGGAUGGAGGAUCAUAUCCUGGCUGAGCGCAGAAGCGACUUUGAAGCUCAGAUGGACAAGCUUCUCGUCAAAUUUGUCCGCCGAUCACAGUCCACCAAGCCUUUGGAUGGCCAAUGUCCGCAGAUAUUCGAGACAUUGCUGUCGAAUCUUCUCAAGAUGCGGUGUAUGUGGAAGGUCUGGAGCUGCAAGCAAUUCUUCGUCUGGUCUGGACCCCGUUUGUUCCCCCUUGACUUGUCAUUCGCGUCAGUUCAAGACUCGCUUCGUCUGUACGCGGCCCAAGCCAUAUCAGAACUUGAACGGAAGAUAAUCCCUGAGAUCGAAUUGCAUCUCGUCAAAAAAGAGAAAGAUGCAACCCGCCCGGCACCGGAAAUGCGAAGUCUCUGCAAUGUCUCAAAAUGGCUGUUGUUGUGGCAGGUCAUCUUGAUUUACCGUCAGUCGUUGAGCUUCGUGAUGGAACAACAACAAACAGAUGCUGCACCAUUGCCGAUAACUGGUUAG